CCCGCGAGAGAAAAACAACCGAAACGAAAAGAAACGAAACUCUUCAACCUCUUCCUCUGCGCCCAUUCUUCGAUCUUUUGGAGACAUCAGAUUGAUCCGCCGCGGUCUUCUCGCCGGCAUCUAAUUGGUCAUGACAAAAUCUGAAGGAAUCAUUUCAUGCUCUUCUCUUUCCAAGCUCGAUAAAGAAAGACAUUAUGAUGGAGACUUUAAAUCUGAUAUUUUGGGUGGCUCUCAGAAAGGUACUUGUUCAGCAGGGACAAGAUUCUUAAGACAGGAUCACUUGUAUCAUCCAUCACUUGAAUCCGACUUUCUUGAGGGGCAUGAUUCGGGCGAGGAUCCAUGUAUAUUUGCUCCACCCAAAGCUAAUUGUAAAGUGAACUUGAAAACUGUACUGAAUGGCAUGGUUCCAAUUCUAACUGAUCAGAACAGAAUACAAGGCGAUAGUCGAUCGCAACAAAAUUCAAGCUUAGAUAUAUCAUUUCUAAGUUCUGAAAAGAAUGGAGAUAGUUUUUUGCAUCCAUCAGUUUGCAUACCAAGUGCUCCACCUCUUCUUGAGAUGGAAGCUAUCAAUUAUGAUGCAUAUAGAGAAGUAUUGGAAGCAGAACCUCCUGAAUGGCUGCCAGAUAGUUAUACUGCUGUCUGCAUGAAAUGCACUUCUCCUUUCACAGCCAUUACUUGUGGAAGGCAUCACUGUCGAUUUUGUGGAGGUAUCUUCUGUAGAAACUGUACAAAGGGGAGAUGUUUAUUGCCUUUUAAGUUCAGAGAGCACAAUCCUUAGAGAGUAUGUGAUGCUUUCUAUGAUAGACUGGAUCCACUGCAGGGUAUUUUGAUUAACUUAAUUAGCAAUGCCAUACAAGGCAUCAAAUACUCUGAAGAGCUAUUGCCAGGUUUCUAGAUUGAAUCCUGAGAAAUCUAUCCCCUUGGCUGUUCUCAAAGGAGCAAAAGGGCUUGCCAUAGUAACGGUUGCUAAAGCUGGUGUAUUUCUUACUUACAAAGUUGGUACAGGUCUGGUAGUUUCUCGAAGGUCAGAUGGGUCAUGGUCUGCACCAUCUGCCAUUUUAUCUUUUGGGUUAGGAUGGGGAGCACAGAUUGGGGGUGAGCUCAUGGACUUCAUCAUCGUGCUUCAUGGCAGUAAAGCUGUCAAGGCAUUCACUAGCCGCAUGCACUUUUCUCUUGGGGCAGGUUUGAGUGCUGCAGCAGGACCAGUUGGCACGGUGGUUGAAGCAGAUCUCCGAGCCGGAGAUAGAGGGUCUGGCUUGUGUUAUACUUAUAGUUGCAGCAAAGGUGCUUUUGUUGGGGUCUCACUGGGAGGAAAUGUUGUUGCAACGAGGAUGGAUACUAAUUUGCGCUUCUACGGUGAUCCUUAUCUCACCACUACCGACAUUUUGUUGGGGACGGUAGAGAGACCAAGAGCUGCUGGGCCUUUGUACUCUGCUUUGGAUGACCUAUACUCAAAACUGAGCUACUAGCUUUUUGCAAGGGUUCUGUUGUUCAUCUCUUCUUUCCUUGAAUACAAACUGAAUUCCCCCCGCACAUUUAAUAUUGUUAUGGUUGCUGAGUUCAGUUUACUCGGUA